AGAAAAAUCUAAUGACAUUACCCUUUACUGUCAUUUCGUGGUUAGAUAAAAAUAUAUAAUAGAGAAAAAUCUAUACAUACAUCCCUGCUCGGUUAAUAGCGAAUAUAAAUAUAUUCGCUAUUUAUUUAAAUAUUUAUGGCUUCAUGUAUAUUUCUUUAUCUUUACGGCUGUAUCUUUAGAGUCGAUUCGAGAUUGGAGCUAACGCCAAAUUACAUACAAUGCGGCCUGAACGACAUACUAACGAUAUCGGCACCGAUCGUCAACCACAACGUAACUAUAUUCCACCUGACUCAGCCAAACGGAGUCACCAGAAAGCUAAACGUCACUCAAUCCAUCGACGCUUUUAAACCAGAUAGCCACGAAAAUUCUGUUGUUGUUAAAUACAACAGAGAAAAACAAAAAGUUAUGACACUUCUCAAUAACUACAAAUUAAAUAAUGUCAAUUUAGGGCUGCUGAUUGGACAUGAUAGUGAUAUAUUUGAAAAAAACUUGUCUAGUAUGAAAGAAAAUGAGUUCAUGAUAGGUCCUGUAAGCGAAGAGGACCACGGGAACUGGGUACUGAGUAUGUAUGCCAAGGAAAAUGGUAAAUGGUUGGAGAUUUUUCAAGUUAUUAACAUAAAAAUUAAAGAAUAUCUUCCACCAAAAGAAAAAUCGAAAACUCUUCGAAAGGGCGACACGUUUCGCUUUGGAUUCGCGUAUCCUAUACCUAAGCUGGAGAGUUGCGAGUUCACAGCGCCUAAAACCACAUUCGACAGAUGGUACGACCGAGACCAGGAUAACAUGGACCAUUGCAUGUUUGUGGUGAACAACGUUACCAAGGAAGACGAGGGUCUGUGGAUGGUGGUCGGUGUAGGGCGAAUAGUCUACAUUACACAGACUUUUUUGAACGUUGACGAUCCACAAGCAACUCGUUCGACCAAGUCCGUCAAGGAACUGACGCGACUGUUAACCCAUCACCUCUUCAGUCUGUGGACGCUACCUAGAAAUGUUAAAAGUACAAAUGGUUCAACAUCUCUAGCAACAAAAUAAAAGACAAAUAACCUACAAAGCCUUAGAGACACAAGGACUGGAGUUUAAACUAUUUCUCAUUUUAUUUAUGGUCUCAUUGUAAUAUCAUGCCGGUGUUUAUAGCCUAUCGAUUAAGUAUUUUUUCGUAAAUAAGUUUAAAAAUUAGUAUUCUAAGCCGAAUGGCACCUUUAGAAGUGUACAAAAACAUUACAACUUGAAAGUAUUACUUGAAUGAUUAUUUGCGUAUGCAAUUUAUUUACAAUACUUACUAUUAUAAUAUUUAACUGAUUUAGGUAUAAAUUUGUAUCUGUGAUGUUAUAUGAAAAUUACACAGGGAUUUACUUAUUUAAGUUUACAUGUUCAUACGAAA